AUGGGGGAUGCUUCCCCCGCGGAGUCCGCCCCUGCGCCAUGCGCUUCUUCCACCGACCGCAGCGCGCCGCUCGACGGGGCUGGGCCCCCCGCGGCGAUGGCGGAAGCGGCGGAAGACUUGGCGGACCUACUAGUUCAGGGAGCACGGUACGGGGACGUGGAGGACGUGGCAGCAGCACUGGACGGCGGUGCGGAUGCUGGCUUGGCAGAUGACGAGGGGCGCACAGCGCUGCACAUGGCAGCAGCCAACGGCCACACGGAGAUCGCCCGCCUGCUCAUCCAACGAGGCGCUCCGGUGAAUGCAGUGAACCGGCAGGGCAACACACCGCUGCACUGGGCGGCUGUCAAUGGCAGGGACUCGAUGGUGCAUUUGCUCAUUGCUGCAGGAGCGAGCCCCUCUGCGCUCAACAG